CCGUAAGAAACAUCACACUGGGUCUGCUUGAUGGAGGAUUUCGUUCCGCCUUAAUACACCCCCAACGACCUUGGUGGGCAUUAAUGAAUAAUGCCUUUAAUUGGCUGUGCUGAUCCAAAUAAAGAAAAGAAAAUGAGAGACUUUCAACUAGUAAUUCAUACUCCUUAUUAAACGUCCCUCUCCCUGUUCCCAUGUCCUUCUAUAAAUCACUGACCUUUUCUCUCACUCACAGGUCACACGCCCUCCUCUUUUUCUCAUAGUACUAUAGCCACAUCUUCCUCUUCUUCUUCUCCACCUCAUUCCCUUUUAUCCUUCGUCUUCCUUCUCCCUCUCAUACACAUUUUCUUCUCAAACCCUUUGCUCUGUUUCUUGCGUUGAAUACAGGGGAGGGUGGUAUUAUUGCGGGUGAUUCUUGCGUCGGAUCACAUGGAUGCGUCCACAGCUUUAAUGAUCCUAUCCGCCGUAGCUGCUUAUUUAUUAUGGUUCAGAUUCUUAUCCAGAUCCCUGAAUGGUCCACGUGUUUGGCCUCUAUUGGGGAGCCUUCCCGGCCUCAUCCAGCACACCAAUCGCAUGCAUGAGUGGAUCGCAGACAAUCUCCGCGCCUGUGGCGGAACUUACCAGACCUGUAUCUGCGCUUUUCCCUUCAUCGCCAGGAAGCAGGGCCUCGUGACCGUCACGUCUGAUCCCAGGAACGUGGAGCACAUCCUCAAGCUCCGCUUCGAUAAUUAUCCUAAAGGACCGACUUGGCAAUCUGUGUUUCACGAUUUGCUCGGCGAUGGCAUCUUCAAUUCCGACGGCGACACAUGGCUGUUCCAGCGCAAGACCGCCGCUCUGGAAUUCACCACUAGAACUCUGCGCCAGGCCAUGGCGCGCUGGGUGAGCCGAGCCAUUAAGUACCGGUUUUGCCCCAUCCUCGACACGGCGCAGCAGAACCAGAAGCCGGUCGAUCUUCAAGACCUUUUGCUUCGCAUGACUUUCGAUAACAUUUGUGGCUUGGCUUUCGGCAAGGAUCCGCAAACUCUCUCUCCCGGUCUUCCUGAGAACGGCUUCGCCCUGGCCUUUGACCGAGCCACGGAAGCCACCCUGAAGCGCUUUAUUUUGCCGGAGGCGAUCUGGAAAUCCAAGAAGUGGCUCCGGCUAGGUAUGGAAGUGACCAUGGCCCAAAGCCUCAAACACAUUGAUCAGUACUUGUCCGGAAUCAUCAACACGAGGAAGCUCGAGUUAACAAGUAAGCAGAAUGGUGAGAAUGGGACCACCGUCCCUCACGACGACCUGCUCUCGAGGUUCAUGAAGAAGAAGGAAUCCUACUCGGACCAAUUCCUGCAACACGUGGCCCUCAACUUCAUCCUCGCCGGCAGAGACACGUCAUCCGUCGCGCUGAGCUGGUUCUUCUGGCUGUGCACCCAGAACCCAAAAGUGGAAGAGAAGAUCCUCGUGGAACUCUGCACCGUCCUGAUGGAGACUCGUGGCAGUGACGUGUCGAAAUGGAUGGACGACCCGCUCGUGUUCGAGGAGGUUGACCGAUUGGUGUACCUGAAAGCAGCGCUGUCGGAGACGCUUAGACUCUACCCAUCGGUACCGGAGGACUCAAAGCAAGCGGUUAAAGACGACGUAUUGCCGAGCGGUACCUUCGUUCCGGCAGGUUCGUCCGUGACAUACUCCAUCUAUUCAAUUGGAAGGAUGAAAUCCAUAUGGGGAGAGGACUGCCUGGAGUUUAAGCCGGAGAGGUGGUUAUCCGCCGAUGGGAAGAAGAUCGAGCUAAACGACUCGUACAAGUUUGUCGCAUUUAAUGCUGGCCCAAGAAUUUGUUUGGGGAAAGACCUGGCAUACCUGCAAAUGAAGUCUAUCGCAGCGUCUGUGCUGUUGCGCCACCGCCUCUCCGUGGCGCCGGGACACCGCGUGGAGCAGAAGAUGUCGCUGACGUUGUUCAUGAAGUACGGGCUGAAGGUGAACGUACACCCAAGAGAGUUAGGACCUAUACUGGACAAAGCAUGCAAGGACGCCGCCUCCUGCGGCAGAGAAGCAUUCAUGACGGCCGGUAACGGCGCGGACGUCGGAAUUGAGGCGCUGCCUCCCGCUGCUUGAAGAGUGUUUUGGCAUCAUGUGGCUGUGAAGUAAUGAACAAAUACGUAUAUUUAUACAUAUAAUUAAUUAGGCUUAAGAACAGGGUGCAUACUACUCAUGCAUACUAAAAUAUUUUAUUAAGUAAUUAAUUGUGCUGAUUAAUUAUAUUAUACUUAAUUUGAAAAGUACGUGGUUUUGUAAUCCAUGCCAAUAAAUACACGCACGCACGCGCACGCACACAUAUAUAUCCUUGAUCCUGAUUUGGGUCUCUGGAAUCAGUAGGCCAGCGGUUUUGUUAUGAAUUAUGAUCACUCUAAUCUCUUGCUCUCA